CCGCCCCGAAAGCCGCCCUCCGUCUGCAACAGGAAACCCCCGCCAGCGGCGUCCCAGGGCCCUGCAUCGGGAGGUGGGAGCCAAACUCAAGUUCGGUUCAGGUAUACGGUGAUCCGGAACACUUGGACCCCUUGACCCAGUUGCUGGGGGUUCCCCCACCCCACUCCAAGGGGGCAGAAUGGAGCUGGAGGAGGGAUACAACGGAAACCCAUCACUGGGUGCCCGGGGCGGAUCAGCCAUGGCGAUCAUUGGAGCAGAAGAUGAAGACUUUGAAAAUGACAUUGAGCCUGUAAGUAACCCAGAUGCUCAAAGCUGCUUAUUCCAGAACUUGAAGCUUCUGACGGCACACCCCACCUACUUGAUGGUGUUUGUACAACAUGUGGUGUUGCAGUUUGAAUCCAGCCCCUUGCUGUGUUAUCUGCAUGUGGACCUCAUACUAUCUCAUCUCGGGCCCAAGGAGGCAAAGAAGCAGUUUGUGGAAUUCUGCCACACAUUCCUGGACAAAGCUGGGCCGCUGAGGGUCCCCAUUCCACAACAUGUGCAAUUCGAGCUAGACCGAAACAGGCCUGAACUUCUUCCUGAUGAUCAGCAGCGGAAAUACUUGCAAGAAAUCCAAGCUUUCCAAGAAUCAGAGAUUGCCCGUCAGCUGGAGGACUUCAGGGAGAAAAGGAAGAUGGGCAUGACUCCAGGAGAGGCAGAGCUUUUUGAGUUGGAAGGGUAUCGGACCAAGGACCGGAGCAUCCGUGAUGGCAAGGAGAAACAGCUGGCGGAGGUGCUGCUGGGCAAGCUGGAGGAGAUGCACCCCACUAUUUCUACCGACGAGGAGAAAAGCUCUGCCAUUUUCACUGCGAUUGUGACAUAUAUGAAGCACCUGGGGGUUAAGACCAAAUCGGCUGAUAACAAGAAGUCCAAGGCUAACUUCUUCCGCAAGAAGAUUUCAGUACCCAAGAAGCCUGAGGAGGCUUCCAAGAAGAAGGGCUUCAGCAGCAUUUUGGACCCAUCACGCUGGAACCGUGGUGACUCCCACUAUUCUGAUUACAGACAAUCCAAACCUGAGGGUGAAGCAGGUGAUAAGACGGCAGCCGCAGACAAGAAAGGUCCCAAGCCCACAGAGGGAAGCUCAGGGCGCAGCAAGGGAGGCCCUCUGGGCUCGGAUCUCCCUGGAGUGUCCGUCAGUGUUCACCCCCCGCCCGGGGAGGGCAAUGACGGAGAGCAGGGCUCGGACAGUCAGCUUCCGACAGAUUCAGGGGACUCACCUGUUACGGAGCAACCCCUGUCUGGGGACCAGCCCCCAGUAGAUGACGGUGCGGAAAAUGAAAGAAGGCGAAAAAGGCUGACGGGAAAGCUGGGCCGCUCGGAGAGCCUGCGGGUUUACAAGCGGGAGCGGCCUCAGCGUGGCUCAGCCAAGGGCAAGCAGCCACGCUCACGGAGCGAUGUGGACAUCGAGGCUGCUGCCCGUGCCAGCGAGCUGGAGGAGAAGCCGUCCCCAGAGCAGGCUCGGCAGAAGCAGGGGAGCCGCAAUUUGGAACCCGGAGGGGCAGGGGGAGGGGAGCCCCCGCCGUCCUUUCUGCAUCCCCAGUCUGAGGAGACUGAGCCGCGCGUUUCGGAACUGGAGCUCGAACCGCCAAACUGGCGGGAACUCGUCCCUCCCGACGCCUUCCUCAGGCUGAAGAAAAGUGAAGUGAAGCGGCAAGAGGUGAUCAACGAGCUGUUCAUCACAGAACAUGCCCACCUACGAAUGCUCCGGGUUCUGCAGGAGGUCUUCUAUCAACCCUUGCUGAAUGAGGCAUUAUUUUCAGAGAGCGAAUUGCGGAAUAUCUUCCCCAGCUUGGAGGAUUUGGUCGAAGAACACAAAACGUUUCUGGAGAGCUUGAAAAAGCUCAGGGAGGAGAACAAUUCGGUUGUUUCUGAAAUUGGAAGCACUUUGCUGGCUCGGUUUGAUGGAACGGAAGGAAACUGGUUCCAGAAGAUCUCAGCCCGCUUCUGCAGUCGUCAAUCUUUCGCGUUGGAGCAGCUGAAGGCUAAACAGAAGAAAGAGCCCCGUUUCAACCAGUUCAUCCAGGAGGCAGAAAGUCAACCUCGGUGCCGGCGGCUGCAGCUGAAAGACAUCAUCCCCACUGAAAUGCAGAGGCUCACCAAAUACCCUCUGCUUCUUCACAAUAUUGCCAAAUGCACUGAAGAAGCGGAGGAACGCCAGAAGGUGGAGAGGGCAGCUGAAUGCUGCCGGCAAAUCCUCAACCAUGUGAACCAGGAAGUGCGCAACAUGGAGAACUUGCUGAAACUCAAAGAUUACCAGCGUCGCUUGGACCUCUCCAACCUGAAGCAAAGUACAGAUCCACUGCUAAGUGACUUUAGGAAUACUGAUAUUACCAAGAAAAAUCUUGUGUACGAGGGACCCCUGACUUGGCGUGUUACCAAGGAUAAAUCUGUAGAUGUUCAUGUCCUCUUGCUGGACGACAUCUUGGUCCUUCUACAGAAGCAAGAGGAGCGCCUGGUUCUCAAAUGCCAGAGCCGUACCAUCACCCCGGCCCCCGACGGGAAGCAGAUGCUCAGCCCGAUCAUCAAGCUGAAUUCAGCCAUGACCCGUGAAGUGGCCACAGAUAUCAAGGCCUUCUACGUGAUCAUCAGCUGGGAAGGCGGGGCUCAGAUCUACGAGCUCGUGGCGCAGACGGUGUUGGAAAGGAAGAACUGGUGCAGUAUGAUCAAUGACACUGCUGGAUGUCUGAAGCUCCCUGGCUCUACCAGCCUUAAACCACGGCUUUCUGUGCCAAACCGAACCUCGCCACCAAGCCCCAGCUACAGCUUCUCAGAGGGGCUACUGGGUGGGACGGAGAAUGGAAGCUCCCUCAAAGAGGCUCUGCAGUCAGAGGAACGAGAGAAGGACGGGGUGUUAGAAGGGGCAGAAUUUGAGGAACGUAGCCCUGUGGGCAAAUCAAAGCUGGGCAAGGCCACGGAGGAGUUACUGGAUGACAUACUGGCCCUUUACAAACCUCGGCCUGUCGGGCAAGGGAAUUUGGCAUCUGCUGCACAGGAUAGAGUCAUGGCACUGAAAAGGCUACUUCAGGUUUCGGAAGAAGGGGAGGUCAUCUUCCCAGCGGAGCAUACGGACCGCCCACCAGAGAACGGGGACCCCCGUGAGGAGGAAGAGGAAGAGGAGAGGGACAUGAGUCAUAGGACUGAGGCAGACAGCAGCCGGAGGAGGCAUCAAGGAGGUACCCCAAAUGGCCCUCAAGAGCCAGAGUGGGGCUCGGAGCACCUGGAUAGGGAAGGCCCCCGCUCUUCCCUCGUUCUGUCCCACCAGCAAUCUGACGGAGUGAAGCAUCAUUUACGGCUUCUAGAAGACGCAGUUCAGAGUCUGAAGGAUAUCGAAGAUGAUUAUUGGCACCUGCAGCAGCUGAUAGGAAAACUCACGCUGUCUCAGCAGCACAGUUUCACAUGAGGCUUGGCCAAGCAGGGAAGGCCUGUCGUACGCAAGGAGGAAGAGGUCUCUGUGCCCACCGCUCUCCCCUGCCAGACGGUCCUUCUCCCGGCAUCCGCAACCAAGAGGGACCUUCGCUGCUUUUUGUAUAGAGGAUUUGUAGUAUAGGGAGAGAUUCUGGGAUUUUUAUAUAUUCUGCCUAGACCCAUGCUAUAAGGGGACAUAUUUAGAUGUCGAGGAGUUCCACUUAGGUAAGGGGUUGCAGCCUUCCCGAGGGCGGGGGGGAAACGGACGUUUCGUCAGCUUAAAAGGGUGCUCUCUGGGGGUGUCUAAGCAUUUCCUUUAGCUAUGUGAGUAGUUUGCAGUGUUGGUUCCAAAGAGAGGCAGGUUUUUAAAAUUAGCUUCUGGUGAUCGCUUUCUGAUAGCCAAAGAUGGGGGCAGGGUGGUCACUUUUUUUUUGCUUCACAAAGCUGUAAAACUAAGAGCUGCCUGGCUGGGGUCAGAGCAAUUUCCAUGUCACAUGAUGGUCCCAUCUACCAAAAAUGGCCAACCGGAUUCCUCAGGGAAAGUUUGCAGGCAGGGCUUGAUAGCAAUAUCUACUCACCCACCCCUAAUUUGUGAGCCCUUAGCUGCUGGUGGAAUAGCUCGCCUGUUGGUGUGCCCCCACUCUCGUAGAUUUACCCUCCAUAUCUGCACCUGGUACUUCCAAAACAAAACCAAGGAGAAGAAGCGAUUUGCAAUAAUAGGAAUUGCAGCAGUGAGUUCCGCAGAACAAGGAACCCUGCUCAAUUCCAACCUUUUGUCUUCCUAAUCUUGCCUUAACUUUGUCGCUGUUCUCCCUAGAAACACCCUACUUUUCUAGACCUUCCAUUUCGUCCCUCAUUUAAUAAUGCCAAAGUGCCUCUUCAAACGCUCAGCCAACCUUCCUUCUCCUGACGGUCUCCAUAUUGGAACCUUUUCUUAAACCCAUUCCAGUGCCAACCCCCCCCCCCCAAGCCACUCUCAAAGGAAAUCCUUUCAUGGCACAACCUCUAUACGAACUGAAUCAGCCAGCCUGGAAGUUGAGAUGAUCGCCCUGCCCCAUUUGACACACACACACUUCUUAGAACACAGGUCUCCACCUGCCGGGUCAUGAUCCACAGCAGACCAUGGUCUUGCAACCAAACCUACGAUGGGUGGCCCCAGAGGUGCUACGGUCACCUUUGGAGGAAGAGAAAUGAGCCCUGUGUUUCAGGGUGGAUGAAAGGUUGUGUGUCUGGAAAGGUUGGUGAUAGCAACUUCCAAACUGUGCUCAGGGCUAGGGCUGUGCACCACCACCACGACCUGCUUCAGAGCCAAACCGAAGAGGUGCACAGCCCUGCUCCGGGCAGCCCUGGGGGUCCUUGGAAGUUCCUGACGAGUUUGUCAGUGAGAACAUCAGUCAUGGUGGGCACACUUCCACGCUUCCUCUCCACCACUGAUCUUCCCCAGCAAUGUACAGCUAUGUGUGUAUGUGUGAGGGGCCUUCUAGGAUGCCCUCUCAAGUUAAAUGAGGCCCAACAGGCUUGUUCAGUGCUCUUAUUAAUGCGCACGGAUUCCACGGCAGAUCAGGGUCUCCUUGGUCUCUGUGCGCCAUUGAACAUAAAAUAUUUUUGCAAGCUCCUGUCCUCGAUGUAAAAUUCCAACCAGCCCCUUCCCCCACCCUUCCCUGCCCACCUGGCGUCUUCGCCACUCCAUUGCUUAGUAAGUCCUGAGAAAUCCAACCCUAUUUGGGGUUAAUUAUCCAGCAAGGGAAAUCCUAACAAAUACUACACAUUAUGCACAGGGAUCUGUGGUUACCUUUUACUCAAUUCUAACCCGGGUUCCUAUCUCCCUCCCAUUGUGCUGUAAGCUGUUUUUAGCCACAAAGUGCCACAGAUGUAGCAUGAGGGGACAGGGGAAAGAGAGAAGCCACCAGGUUCUGGGGGAAAGGUGGUGGGAAAAAUCAGUGUUACAUCUGCCACAAUGCAAUAAUAUAUUAUCAUCUGGCUGCCCUUUGCGGUUCUGCAAAAUGGACAGCAGGUGGAGCUAUAUCAAUAAUUAACCAGAGCAGCUCUUGUCCCCUGGUGUUGGGAACAUUCGCCGUUACAGUAUUUUGGAGAAACGGGAUGGACAGGUGCCCAUUUCUCCCUCUACCUCUUUGGUUGCAUAUGGCAGUGAGUUGUCAUCAGACCUAGUUUGUCCCAUGGAGCAGCAGGGCUUUCGUCCAUGGGUUUGGACCUACAGAAGAAGCAUUGAACACCCAGCCUCUGCAUUUGCUGUCUAUCUGCCUCUGGCUUCUCUCCUGCUGACUGACCCCACACCUCCUAUUAGUGGGUUUUUUUUUCCAUUCUGGAGAAUUGUUCCUCUCAAAUAAUUCCAGAGGGAAUGAAGGUGGGUGAUGCUAGGAGAGAGAGGGGAGGGAAGUUGUGGAUAGGGGUGGAGGAAGGGAGUGACCCGGGUUCAGAUGGGAAGGAAAGGGAGGAGAGGCAGCUAAGGGCAGGUGGAGGUGAGCCAGCCACGCCAAGUCCCCAUCAAUGUCCUCAGAGACUGAACUACUCUGCUGUUGUAUACGUUCCACAUUUUCCAAGUGCCUUGAUAUUUUGUUGAUAAUGUGCUUGUAUUUUUAAGAAAGCUCAUACGGGAUUUUUUUUUUUUUUUUACAUACAUAUAUAUAUAAAUAAGCGACUAUAAGGGAGUAAUCUUGACUCUUCCAGUUGGGAUUACAAAUCCAGGACUUUUUAUCGAGAGUGAUAUUUUAUUUAGGGAUUUUUUGUUUUGGGGUCUGUUACUGUAUAAAGAGCAUAAACCAAUAUAUUGAGAGAGAAGAGUGAGACUUUGCCCCUUCCUUGGCUUCCCAGUAUUAUGGAAUGUAUAAUAGCCCCACCGAAAUCCGUUAUAGUCAGAAAGGGUGUUUUAAAAGUCACACUUUAAAAAAUAUAUUCUGGACCAAGCAAUCCAGAAUUUAAAAGGAAAAAAAAUGCCAUUCUCCAGGAUCUGUUUUCAGUUUCUGAUGUGUGCUACAAAACCUGCUUUGAACUUUAGGGAACAUUCUCAAGAUUGUAUAUUGUGGAUUAGUUCACCCACUACUGUUGCAAUACAUACAAAAUCACCACCUGUACCUCUGCCUAUUUCUGGCCUUAUCGCUUUCUGUGUUUUAAGGAUCACAUACAAAGCAAGGUUGGGCAGAGGGCAGGUGGGAGGUUGUUUCCUCCUUCAAUAUUUGUAUGAUGGGCUGUGAUUCUUGUGCAAGUGCAACUGCUGGUAUCAGAAUCAUUUUAAGGCUUUAAAAACAAACAAAAAGUAAUGCUCUAGGCAUCGUGAACGUGGAGAAUAAUGUGUGGCCCAGACCGAUAAAAUUUCAGAAGUCUUAGCAGGACUUCCCGGAGAGAGGACUUCAGUGUCCUUUAUGCUCCAUAAAUCGUCCUUUUUCUAUCUCUUCCAUCCAACCAGUCCUUAAUCCCAAUUUUUAGACCACUUUAACAAAUCUUGGGUUUUUUGGAACCAAGCAUCAAUUAUACAAAAUAAGCUGUUCGCUCAAAUUCCAUAGCGAACAGUAAGAUGUAGGCUUCCUUGGUCCUAAAUAUGCAUUGCAUUGAUGCGGGAUUUUAACUUGGGGUGGUAUUUUUUGGUGGGAGGUGGAGGCAAUUUCUUGCAAGCUUUAAUUCUAGGGGUUUUGCUUGGCUCCUUUUGCAUUACCUCUAACUUCUGUGCAAUCCUUUCCGGUCAGAGGUGGAUUGUGCAGUACUAUACCUCUGAAGGUCCUCCACCCCACCCCCAAGCAAUGGACAAUCUUAAAUUGUGCACUCGUUGGGACACAACACCUGUGUUUCUAGGAGCAAGUUUUAGGAAGAGGUGAGUUACGCUGGAGUGUUACUUAACUUUUUUUUUUUAAUGCUGAGUCAGGUAGAAUAAAAUUCCCCAUCACCACCCCUCCAGCCUAUUCUGAAGGGGGCAUUCUCACAACCCUAUGACUACCUGUGCCUAUUUUAUUCUUGAUCACUUGGCCGCAAUUGCUAGCAGAAUUUGAAUAGCUCUUUUGCUUUUGAAACUUGUCUUUGACCAAGUGGCACAAAUCAGAGCUUGCACUCAUCUUCAUUCCUCCUCUCCUUGGAUUGUGUGAACUGCCAUUGGGUGACUGAUCUGUGGUCAUCAAUCUUGAGAAUGCUUUUACGGCGAUCAGAAUUAGAUAGCCCCUCCGUAAGAUGUUUACUUUUUGGAUUUCAGUUCAGAUUUGAGACAGCGUAGUCCCUUCCACCCAGCAAGUUUUCUGGUAGGGACUGCAGCAAAAAUAGUAGUCAGAAGGGAGGGGGGACCUCUUCCUUCAGAGAUGGGGGUCAGUUGGCUUUCUGGUCUGUCUAAUGAUGGGAUGGAAAGGAGCAGUGGAGGUUGGUGUGGCUCUGAUGUCAGGGAGGCUGUGAAUCCGCUCCGGGUUUCAGUCAGUACUCUGAAGGAGCUGCCCAAGGUGCUUCUGCACAUUGGAUAACUCCUUUGGGGUUCUGUCUAAAACCUGGAGCGGAUUCACUGCCCCACUGACAUUGGAGCCACCAGCUUCCCCUGGGAGGGACGGAGAGCGUCAUUCCAUAUUCCUGCUGCUAUGAGCACAGGGAUUGUGGCCCGGGUUCUCCUCUUCCCACCCUUUAUGUAAAGAGAAGUUGAAGGGCUUGUGUAUGUUGCGCGAGGGUUAAAGGUACGUGUAGGAGGGGGAGAGACUGAACCAAAGAUAACUUUGUAAAAGAUGCCAAAUUAAAAUAUAUAUUAAUCACCA